AUGUCACAACCAAUCCAGAACUCUCCAUCAAGUAAUAGCGAGCUUCCGCCAACUCCAACUGAUUUUGUUCCUCCAUCCUUCCUGACAGCGCCGGAACAAUUCGAUCUUCAAGAAAAAGAACCACAAACAGUUUCCAAAGCUGAGUUUGAAGAAAAAGUUAAUCUUCUAUGGAAGGCCCUUGGUGACUCCCAAAGAGAGAAAUACGAAAUGAGGGCGAAGAUGGAGAAAAUGACUCUGCAAAUGAUGCAAAUGGACAGGCGAAUGCAGGAAAAAGAACAAAGAGAUGCGGAGUUCAAUAAAAGUCUACGAAAAACGCUCACAAGAAUGAAUAGAAAAAAAGAAGAACAACUGCAAAAGAUGGAUGCUGAAAUAAAAAAAGAGUUCUUCAUGAUCCAGAAAAAACUAGACGAAAAGGCUGACAAAGGUAAGUUGUAA